UGGGCGACUGAGGCGACUCCGGCGGCGGGAGCAGCGAGGAGGAGGGGGCUGCUCGGCGCGGCGCCCAGAGCUGCCCCCUAAUUCGCGCCAGUCCGGUUCCCGGAGACCCGCGCCCCGCCCUAGCCUCACCUGAUACAGGUGGACACUUGAGGGGAAGGCGCAGGGAUGGGCGACAGCGCUAACCACCUGCCCUUCUUCUUCGGCAACAUCACCCGGGAGGAGGCAGAAGACUACCUGGCCCAGGGGGGCAUGAGCGACGGGCUCUACCUGCUGCGCCAGAGCCGCAACUACCUGGGCGGCUUUGCCCUGUCGGUGGCGCACGACCGGAAGGCGCAUCACUACACCAUUGAGCGGGAGCUAAACGGGACCUACGCCAUCUCAGGCGGCAGGGCCCACAGCAGCCCCGCCGAGCUUUGCCACUACCACUCCCAGGAGCUGGAUGGCCUCAUCUGCCUCCUCAAGAAGCCCUUCAACCGGCCGCCCGGGGUGCAGCCCAAAACCGGACCCUUUGAGGACCUGAAGGAGAACCUCAUCCGGGAGUAUGUGAAACAGACAUGGAACCUACAGGGUCAAGCUCUCGAGCAGGCCAUUAUCAGCCAGAAACCUCAGCUGGAGAAGCUAAUCGCCACCACAGCCCAUGAAAAAAUGCCCUGGUUCCAUGGAAAAAUCUCUCGGGAUGAAUCUGAGCAGAUUGUCCUGAUAGGAUCAAAGACAAAUGGAAAGUUUUUGAUCAGGUCCAGGGACAACGGGUCUUACGCCCUGUGCCUGCUGCACGAGGGGAAGGUGCUGCACUACCGCAUCGAUAAGGACAAAACAGGGAAGCUCUCCAUCCCUGGCGGGAAGAAUUUCGACACACUAUGGCAGCUCGUCGAGCAUUAUUCUUAUAAGUCAGAUGGUUUGUUAAGAGUUCUUACAGUUCCAUGUCAAAAAUUUGAUGGGCAAAUGGGAAAUAUUAAUUUCCGUCCACAACUUCCAAGUUCCCAUCCUGUGACUUGGUCAGCGGGUGGAAUAAUCUCAAGAAUCAAAUCAUACUCCUUCCCAAAGCCUGGCCACAGAAAGGGCUCCUCAUCCCAAAGGCCAGAAAGUUCGGUGACGUUCAACCCUUAUGAGCCAGACCGAGGGCCCUGGGCCAACGAAAGAGAAGCCCAGAGAGAAGCCUUGCCCAUGGACACCGAGGUCUAUGAAAGCCCCUAUGCAGACCCCGAGGAGAUCAGGCCCAAAGAGGUCUACCUGGACCGGAAGCUGCUGACCCUGGAGGACAAGGAACUGGGCUCUGGGAACUUUGGGACGGUGAAGAAGGGCUACUACCAGAUGAAAAAAGUUGUGAAAACAGUGGCUGUGAAAAUCCUGAAAAACGAGGCCAAUGACCCCGCGCUUAAAGAUGAGUUAUUAGCAGAAGCAAACGUCAUGCAGCAACUUGACAACCCUUACAUCGUGCGCAUGAUUGGGAUAUGCGAAGCCGAGUCCUGGAUGCUGGUUAUGGAGAUGGCGGAACUUGGUCCACUCAACAAAUAUUUACAGCAGAACAGGCAUGUCAAGGAUAAGAACAUCAUAGAGCUGGUUCAUCAGGUGUCUAUGGGAAUGAAGUAUUUGGAAGAGUGCAAUUUUGUGCACAGAGAUCUGGCUGCAAGAAAUGUAUUGCUGGUUACUCAACAUUAUGCCAAGAUCAGUGAUUUUGGACUUUCCAAAGCACUUCGUGCUGAUGAAAACUACUACAAGGCCCAGACCCACGGGAAGUGGCCCGUGAAGUGGUACGCUCCGGAAUGCAUCAACUACUUCAAGUUCUCCAGCAAGAGUGACGUCUGGAGCUUUGGAGUGUUAAUGUGGGAAGCAUUUUCCUACGGGCAGAAGCCGUAUCGGGGAAUGAAAGGCAGUGAAGUUUCUGCUAUGCUGGAGAAAGGAGAGAGGAUGGGGUGCCCUCCAGGGUGUCCGAGAGAGAUGUACGAGCUGAUGACCCUGUGCUGGACCUAUGACGUGGAGAACAGGCCCGGAUUUGUAGCAGUGGAACUGCGGCUGCGCAAUUACUACUACGAUGUGGUUAACUAACGGCUCUGGCGCCCUUCUGUGGCUGCCUUUGAGCAAAUGAGCAGUCGAGGGAAGACUAUUCCAAUGCUUUGAUUUUGAGUCUCCAUCUUCCUCCACCCGGGAGAGCCAGCUCAGGUGGAAUGUUCCACUGACUGUCGUUCCCCAAAGCCUGUCCUGGAACACGCCCUCCACAAAGCAACCCAUCCCAGAGGAGCGGUGGGAAGACAGACGGACACCAGGACCAAGGGUCCCGUGGAUUCAUGUGUGUUUCUUGUCUGUGUGGCAGGUUAUUUGCAGGAUUUGUUUCCAAAUUUCUUUCUGUCUUUUCAGUUCUCGGGCUCCUGGGCUGCAUUUGAAUACCCAGCAUCACCAUGGGGUGCUGAACCCUCUUGCCCAUUUCGGCUGCAUUUUCAGUGGCCAGAGGGUGCCCUUGGCUUGUGAUGCCUGCCGUGGAGGGAAGGAAGGGAGAGGAGAAGAGGUUUGACUGCCUCCAGAGCAUGGCCCCUACAGGUCCCAAGACUGAGCCCUGCCACUGAAAAACAUUCCCCAAUAAAAGUGUUUUGAGGCUUAAAAAAAUCAGGCUGGACCACUGCAAUUUCUAAGCCUGUAGCCCAGUUAAGGGAAAAUAAAAAGUAUGGAUACUGCUUUUGCUCUAUGUUCUGAGGCAGAAGACUCACAUCUGUAUGAAAAGUGGAGCCUGUUGGAAUGAAUUGGCUUGGCUUCCUUUCCCCCCAAAAGCCUCUCUGAAGACUGUACUUGACUGGAGACUAAUAAAUAAAGUUCUUCGUGGAGACCCAGUAGGGAAGAGGAUGUCUGUCAUCUCAGGUCUGACCUAGGACAGACAGCAGGGUACAGCGGGCUGUCGUCUGCUUAGUGGGGUCCAAGCUUGCUCUCCCCUAGAGAGGGGCUGCAGCCAGAAUUCCCUGACUUUUUCUGUAUUCAUAGUGAGGGACAACCUGGUGGCCAAGGUCAUCUAAAGAGGAGUUUCUAAGGCAAGUAUCAAUUCACAAUAAAGCCACAGAUCCUGACCCUCUCCACAAGUCAACCUUAUUGAGUGUGACUUUGGGUUGAAGAUACGAGACCCAAGAACUUUUUUCUAGUCCCUGAGUCUUAGUUAAUCCUUGGCUAAUGUUUGAUCUCAUUGAUAUCAGAUUUGCUGUAGCCAUCCUUCUUAGGUCAGUCGAGACACAUAAACUCAGACCAUCUUGUCUUCAGUGGUACCUAAGACAUUUUAAAGUGUACAUCCAGCCUAUGGCCAGAGAGGAGGCCCCACUCAUGACAGGGGAGCCGGGCACGGAGAAAGGCAGCAGUCGGCACCCCAGCUUAGCCAGCAGAAGACAUGGGUCCACUGGUAGAACUUGUGUUAAGAAACUUUCAGAAGCCGCCCAUGCUUUUUUGCCACAUGGUUGUUUAAUCAUCGUGUUAAAGAGAGGAUCCCUGUGUGCUGAGCAGAUACUCAAAACAAUGGCAAUACACAUUUAGAGUCCCUGAGAUUAUAAAGAUGAGUGACACAAUCUCUGUGGUCAGGUUGUUUGUAGAAUCAUCACAGAAAGGGCUGGAUAAAGCAGUAAUGGCAUCUGAGAAAGAGACCAUCCAUACACACUGCUGAACUCCCAGGGUCCUUCUUCUACCCCCAAAGUAUGUCUGUAGCAAGGCCACACACUUACAGGAAUAGAGGGCAUGCAUGUCAUAAACAUGUAGAGCUCUUGCCUUCUUUCCAGUGGGAUUUUCCACACUGUCUAGCAGCUCAACACACUUCCCAGGAGUCUGGGGAUGAAGAACAUCUAGAAUGUGAGUGGGCAAGAGAUGCCCUGCCCAGGAGGCAGCCAGCACUCCCCUCUGCUCUGCCCUCUGCUUCUCCCCCUAGUGGAAAGAGGCCUGUGUGUAGAAUUUUCACUGUGGCCGCUCGCCCAAGUCUUGUCUAGUGAAAAUUGUGUCCUGCGUUAGAGAUAGCUCUUCUCCUCCCUGGGGUUACAGAGGAAGGCACAUAGGGAAAGGCAGCUUUGUGGAAGGAUUUAUGAUGUAAAUGAGCAAAAUUUGGAAGCUUAGGGCUUACUGCAGGGCUGGGCUUUCACAUGCAUGCUGCCCUUCUGAUGGGUCUAACCACGUCUUUACCUGGGUCUGGGCGCCCUCCAUGUGCCUUCACCUUUUGGUCCAUGUUUAGCAGGAACAAAAGGACAGCACAUCAGACACACGGCCCUGGCCAGUACCAAUUGUCUGCUGAUGCCACAAACACUUUGUCACCUCAGUGGGACCAAAAGUUUUUGUAGCAGAGACACAGUUCAUUCUGUGGUUAAAAUAAUUACAAGUGCUUUUCGUUUGAGCAUGUCCUUCCCCUGCACUUGCUGGUACCAGCCUUGCCUUUGUCCUUUGCGUGGUGACUUCACAUUUACCCCAGCCCAAUGACUGCAACCCGACCUGGGUUUUCACAUGUAGGGGUGACCGCCGGUUUAUCAGGCUCCCACACUCCCAAAGAGCACACUCUACCUGUCAAUCCGGGCAUCAUAUUCUCCAUUCAUUUCAGAAGAGCAAUCUUUUGUCACUGGACUUUUUUUCAACUGUGAUUUUUAAUAAAACUUUUAAAUGAGC